AUGAGUAUCAGAAGUUUUGUGAGGGUGGGGAGUUUGAAGAUGAUGAUGAAGAUGAUUUUCUGUUUGAGUGAUGAUGAGAUUAUUGAAGCAAGGGAUAGAGUAAAGAGGGUUAAUACAAAGUUACUUGAGAUAGUGAAGGGAUUGCAAGAAAAAGUUUGUAAGGAGAAGGAGAAGGAAAAGGCAGUUGAUGAGGAGAGGGAGUUUGAAGUUGAUGAAGAGAGGGAGAACUCAGUUCAUGAAGAGGUUGCAAGGGAUGUAAACCUAAGUGACUGUGAUGAAGAUAAUGACAUUGAUACACCACCUGGUAGUAGUGAUGAAUUAGAAGGGAAAAAGGGAGAGUUAGUGAGCCAUGAAACUGAUUUCAGUAAGUUUCAUUGGAAGGUUGGUCAGAGGUUUGCUAAUGCCAGUGACAUUAAGGAUGCUGUCACUAAGUAUGCUGUAUUACAGGGUAGAGAUCUAAAGUAUAGUGUGAUCUGGAAAAACAGACAAAGGUUGGGAGUGAAAUGUGUUGGUGAAUGUCCAUUUUAUUUAUAUUUUUCUGUGCAUUCUAGAGAUGCAACUUGGCUAGUGAAGAGAGUAGUUGGAAAUCACACAUGCCAUAGGAACAUGAAUAGUAACAGGCAGUUGAAGUCCAGUUGGGUGGCUAGGCAGUUGCUUGAUGUGUUCAAAGCUAGGCCACAUUGGCCAGCUAAGGAGAUUGUAGACACUGUAAGGAGGUCUUACAGAAUGAUUGUCAGUAGAGAUUUUGCUUACAAAGUAAAAUACCAUGCACACAAGAUGUUACAUGGCUCUAUGAAAGAGCAUUAUAUGAAGGUGGAGAGGUACUUGAAGGCAUUGAAGGAAGCAAGUCCUGAAACAGUGUUGGAGUUGGUAGUUGCUCCACAACCUCAGAGUUCUACCCCAAUGUUUAGUAGGAUGUUCACUUGCUUUGAUGGAGUUAAGCAAGGGUGGACAACAGGGUGUAGGAGAGUGAUAUGUGUGGAUGCUGCAUUUUUGAAGACAUUUCUUGGGGGUCAGAUAUUGACUGCUGUUUCCAGGGAUCCCAAUGAACAGAUGUUCCCCAUUUGUUGGGCUGUUGUGGAAGGGGAGAACAAUCUGUCUUGGGAAUGGUUCUUUAACCACUUAAAGAAUUGCCUAGAUCUUGGACAAGGAGAAGGGAUAGCUAUUAUUUUAGAUGAGCAUCAGGCUAUCUUACAUGCUAUAAGUGUUGUUCUUCCUAAGGCUGAACAUAGGCACUGUGCAAGGCAUAUUUUUGCCCUCUGGCACAGAACCUACAAGGGAGAUGAGAUGAAGCUUUUGUUUUGGAAGAUAGCAAAGGCCUAUAACCAGGCUGAUUUCAAUGAAGCAAUGGAUGAGUUGAGACAGAUUGAUGAAGAGGCUGCCCUUGCAAUAACAAGGUAUAAUCCUCAGUUCUUCUGUAGGGCAUUCUUACAGGAAGGCAUCAAAUCUGAGGCCAUUACUAACAAUAUGGCUGAAACAUUUAAUGCUUAUAUCAUUAAUGCUAGGACUAAACACAUAAUUUACAUGUUAGAGGAAAUUAGAGUUGCAUUGAUGCAGAGGUUAGUCAAAAAAAGACAUGAGAUGGAAAAAUGGACCUCUUUGCUAUGCCCUAGGAUACAAGCUAGGUUAGAAAAGGAGAAAGAGAAAGCUGCUGAUUGUGAAGUCUUGCCUUCUUCUGUGAGUCAGUUUAAUGUUAGGUAUUAUUUGGAUCCGUUGAAUGUAGAUUUAGUUGCUAGAACUUGUAGUUGUAGAAAAUGGAAUAUGGUAGGCAUUCCUUGCUGUCAUGCCAUAGCUUGCAUUUAUUUUGUGAACCAAGAACCUGAGGUAUUUGUUGAUGAAUGUUACAAAGUUGAGACUUAUAAGAAGGCCUACAGUGGUUGUAUACCUCCAUGUGAAGGUGAGAGGUAUUGGCCAAGAUGUCCAUGCAAUUUGGACCCCCCUCCUAUCAAGAUAGGUCCUGGUAGGCCAAGAAGGAACAGAAUUAAGCACCCUCUUGAGAAUCCUAAGAAGCCAGGGUCAUUGAGUAGGGCAGGAGUAGAAAUGACUUGUAGCAUAUGCAAGAAGAAGGGUCAUAACAAGAGAGGCUGCAAAGACAAGGAUUCUGUUGUCCCUGAUGAACCAGCACCCAAAAGACCCAAGGGAAGACCAAGAAAGACUGCCCCAUCUACUGAUGUAACCUCACAUGCCCCAUCUACACAAGCAACCCCAACACCCACCCUGACACAGACUGCAUCAUCUUCAACUCCUGCAACACAAUCUGCCCACCAUACUGCUACCGCACAGCCAACUCAACUAGGCAGGGGUGGAAGAAUGAUACUUGGAGGUCAAGGUGCUAGAAGUGUCAGUCAAAGCAGCACCAGAGGAAGAAGCUCGGCUGGUAGAGGGUCUACAACUACAAGUAGGGGAAGAGCACAACCAUCAGGAAUUGGGAUAAUGUUUGCUGAUGAUGGAAGCCCAAUUGUUAUAGCACCAAGUACCAGACCAAACACAAGAUCUAUCUCCCAGAUGCAGCAGUGA